AUGCACAACGAAACGCAUCUUAUGGAAAGGCUAAAUGUCCACCUUGAGGACAAACAAACAAUAUGCUUUAUUCCAGGCAAAGAGGCUGAAGCUGUGCAACAGAAAGCAACAAAGUCCAAGCUUCUGGCUUUGUUUAAGCUCAAUCAGGAAGAUCGAAAUGCCCGAGAUUUUUUAUAUAUUGAAAUCUCCGAACACUACACAUGGGAUGACACAAACUCCAAAUGGAAACCGCGUCUUAGGGGACACGAAACAACAAUUGGAAGAAUAUAUUCAGUAAGCCCAACAGAUAGAGAAAAAUGGUUUCUCCGUAUUCUUCUUCUCAAUGUUAAAGGUGACACAUCUUACACUUACCUUAGAAAGGUUGAAAGAAAUCCUACCCAUUUGCAACCUUCCAGGAAGCAUGCAUUUCAAAGGGUUUGA